AUGUAUCAAGAACCAAAUUACACCCAGACUGUGUCAAUGAGAUUAUCUGAAGUACUAGCUGAUAUAGGUGUUGAUGAGAGAAUGGUGCUGAAGAGGAGAAGAGCAUGGCUUCUGAGAGAAGCAAUUCUCAAUGUGAAUAACCAAUUAUGGAAUGAGAAUUCUUUCAUACUAUACUUUUUCGGGAGUCAAUUAGAACGUACAACUACCCUGAAGAUGGGGUCAGACACAGAUCACCUUUAUUGUUUAAAUAAUUUUAAUGUAAUGCAAGACUGGUCUGAAUGGAUACCUUGUGUACAUAAUCUUUUGAUGAUUCAAGAUAAUUCUGUAUCUCCUGGAUAUUGUUUACUUCAAAUGCUACGACGUGAUGCUCCUCUUCCUCUUGAUGGAGUAUCUAAUCAAGACUUUGUCAGAGACAGAACAGGAAAAUUACUACUAAAACAUUCAAUACUACUUAAUGGAUAUGUAGACAAAUCAAAAUUCCAUGGGCCAGCAAGAGUAGACCAAGGAUCACAUGGUAACUGUGAUAGAGACCAUGUGCUAGCUAUGCACUGUAAUACAUGGCCGCAACAAGCUAGACAAUGGUUGGAUCAACAAGGUGAUUCUCAGUGGCCGUCUGCUGAAAUAAAACAAUAUUGCAGCAGAACUGGAUGCUUAGUUGUUCCAGUUGGAUGUAGAGGCAGUGAACAUGAGCAACUUGAAUGGAGAAUAUCGACAUCUUUAGCUGAAAGGUGUUUAAUGUUAAACCUGAAUAUAACACAGAUACGCUGUUAUGUCUUGAUGAAAAUGGUUAUAAAAUCAUUCCUUGAUCCACAGUUUGAGGAUGUAAUUUCAAGUUACAUGUGUAAAACUGUACUCUUCCACUGUAUUGCCAAUUCACAUUUUAACAUCUGGAGAGAAAACAAUUUACUUUCUUGUCUAUCACUGUGUUUAUAUCUCCUGUACGACAAUAUCAUUAAUGAAAACUGCCCACAUUUUAUCAUACCUGAGAACAAUUUGAUGAGAGGUAAGAUAUCACCUGUAGACAAACCAUAUAUUCUGGAAAUACUCAACAACAUAAUAAACAGUGCAGGAGUGGCACUUCUUGGUAUUGAAUGUGAUGGUCUUGGUUCCAGGCUUCAUCUAAAGUUUUAUAACUUAUGUCCAUUUAAGACAAGAGAACACGUUUCAGGAUUUCUGUUACAUGAUACAGCUUGUGUGAUUUCAAGCUCAAAGUUUAUAUGUUCCGCUUUUAAUAAUGAAGCUGUACAGACAUUGACAAACUGUUUAUCUAAGAUAUUAAAUGAUCAAUGUGAAGGAUUGGUUGAGAGAGCCUGUCAACUUCUGUUGCCAAUGUACUGUACAACACUUGGAUCUGUGCUGGCCUCCAUCAACAUCAAUCAGCACAACACUGUAUCAGCUGAUGCCCUCAAACUCAUCUCACUUGGUCUGAAUACAGAUGUUGCAUCAAGUAAACUGAAAUUAGCUUCAAUCUUAUACUGUGUACAAGAAAUACAAAAAGCUGACCUGGUUCUCAGUGAGAUUGAAAGAAGCUAUGAUCUGCAAAUUGUUGAACCAGUCUGUAGUUGUUAUAAAUUUAAAAAUAAACAACUAAAACAAGGAUUCUUUGCAACAUGUGACAAUGCAAAUGAAGAUGUCUUACAGUAUGCCACAGCAUCAUGUGUCGAAUUUCUUCCAUGUGAAAUUCACUGUGUACCCACUGAACUCCGGUAUGAAAUGAUAAGAUCUACACAGGAGGAUAGAACAUUCCGUACAGAAGAAGACAACAUAUGGAUGGAUAAUUCUGUGGUGGAUUCUCUCCCUUACCUCUACUUUCUACAAUACAAGGUUAACAGCCGUCUUGGGAAAAAUAAUGAAAAACAAUCUGCUCUCUCAAAACUUCUCAGAACCAUAAUAACCGAACCAAACCUUGCACACCGGGAAACAGCUUUCAAUAUUCUCGGAAAGUGUAUGGAACAAGAAGGCAGAGUAAGGGAUGCUCUACAGUAUUAUUUGAUGUCUUUUAAUCUAAGGAUGAGAAACAAUGCUGCAAAGAUUCAUAUCUGCACACUUCUAUCUGUAAUGGGAAAUUUCAGGGCAUAG